AUGCCCAAACGAAAGGCGCCUUCUAGGAUCUCUGGUCUUCUAGGCUCUGAUGAUGAGGAUCUCCUGCAGGUCGGGCAAACAGAUGCCCAAGAAACACACAAUGAGCCUCCCGCCAAAAAGCGCAGAGGCAGACCGCGCACUUCACACGACGAUGUGAAUGCUGAACCCAAACCCAAGCCGAAACCUGCUACGCGCGCAAAGAAACAGAAAGAAGUCGCCGAAGCUACAGAAGAGGCCCCCGCACCAAAGAAACGAGGGCGACCAGCAGGAAACAGUCGUGUAUCGCAGUCGCAAGAACCCGAACCCAGACUCCAGACAGCUGCCACUGAAGAAAUGGAGAUGGAUAACCAUGCUCAAGAUCAGGAAAAUGAAGACCCUCAGCAGCGCAAAAAGACCAAUGCCGCAAAGCCAGCACCCGCCCGUCGCGGACGAGCUGCAGCCAACGCGAAGAAGGACCUUCAAACAGACAAUGGAUUCGAAUACACUCCACGUGCCGAUCAAAAAACCAGUGCUUCGGAAGAACCUGGAGAGCAUCCAUCUCCCAGCCCUCAACUUCGGGGCAAAGGACGGAGAGCAGAGCCUGAAGUAGAGGAAACACAACAAGGCGAUGAACCUACCAGGGAGGUUGUGGACGAAACGAUCCUUCCCAUCGAACCGGCUUCUAAGCGCUAUAUCACGUCUCCUGUGAAGAAGGCCCGCGCCCGAGCGUCCCUCUUACGCCACCCGCCAGAUUCCUCUCCUCGGAAGCGCAAGCUCGGUGAAACAGAACAGGGCGGUGAUCCGGAGUUAAGGCGUAGACUUGGUGAACUCAGCAAAAAGCACGAUGCAUUGGAAGCGAAGUUUCGAAAUCUUCGAGAAAUCGGUAUUGUGGAGGCCAAUGCCAACAUGGAUAAAUUGCGAAGACAAAGUGAGACGGUUACUACAGCCUCGAAUGAAUUGGUUGCCUCGCUUAAAGCAGAAUUAGAAGUUCAGCGCAAGCUUGGGCAACAGAGCCGUGGUCUGCAGAAGCAACUCAAUGACCGUGAUACCGAGAUGGCCAGAUUGAAGUCUCAGGCUGACGAGGCGCAGGCCCAACUCGCCUCUGCUCAAACUGAAGUCAAGGCCCUACAAACCAAGCUUGCUGCUGCGCGCAAUACAGCUGCCAGCAUUGAGGGGGCUGCGAAGGUACCCGGCAGUGCUAUCAAGGGUGGCCCAGCCAACCGUGCCAAUGCGGCAGCCAGCGCUGAAGCCGCGCAAGCUGCACAGCUGGCACAGCUUAAGGAAGAUCUCUAUAGUGACCUAACUGGGCUGAUUGUUCGCGAUGUCAAGACAACCGACACAGAUCAUGUGUAUGAUUGCAUCCAGACCGGAAUCAAUGGAACUCUUCAUUUCCACUUGGCCAUUCCCAAGACAUCAACCAACUACGAUAAUACCGAAAUCCAGUACCUUCCUCUCUUAGAUGCCAAUCGAGAUCGCGACUUGGUGAACCUGUUGCCGAACUUCUUGGUGGAGGACAUCACCUUCAGUCGCGGACAGGCUGCCAAGUUCUAUACGCGGGUCAUCGAUGCGCUGACCAAGCGCCGGUCUCUUCCAGCGCAGUAG